AUGGGAGUUCUUCGACAAAAUUCACAUUUGCUGAUGUCUAAUUGUAUCACGUUGGAUGAUUACUUGCUUGAUUAUGAAAGUGAGAAUGAAAUUCAGUCCGAAAAUGAUCUCAAUGAAACUACCAUGCAGAGUUUUACGCCGCACCGAAGAAGGCAGAAAAUAAUUAGGGAAGCUGUUGAUGAAAGUACUUUUUUUCAGGAUGGACGCAAUGUACGGAAGGCACAGUGGUUAAAUGAUAUCACUGGUGAUUUAGAUAUGACGAAAAAAGGACGGAUGGGUGCACGAAAACAACGAAGAUAUGAGAAUGCACGACUUUUAUAUUCGAUGGUAGAUGCGAGAGAUAUCUGCGAAGAUUAUUCCGACAUCAUGCAGUCAACAGUAACAGCCCUCUCAAAAUUGUUCACCGAAGAAGAGAAUAUGCAGGCGUGGAACAUUUUUAUUGAAAAGAAUGAAGAGGAACAACGAGAAUUCUUAGAAAGUUUUGAGACAGAGGAAGUACAGCAACAUUGCUUCAGUUCAGAUGAAUCUUCUCAUCAAGGCAAUCCAUUACAUUCAGCGGAGGUUUCGUUUUCGCGUUUAAAUCGACGAUUCAGGAUGAUGUUAAGGCAUAAAACACUACCAUUGGAAUUCAUGGCUGUAAAUGAAAAGGAAAUGAGAAAAUUUUUUUGUGAAAGUGUGUUGCCGGUAUCGGAAUGGUCUUCAUCUGUCUUACCACGGUUGAAACGUCUUAUCAUACACGCGUUAUCGCAAUAUCUUUCUCUAAUCUCGAAAAGUGUACUUAUUGGUAGUGGUGGCGAGAAACUUGUCAAAGUCCGCAAUAAAUACUGCUCAUUCCGGCCACCUUCGGAAACCCUGGUCGACUAUUUAAAGCGAAUGAAUGGAGCUGAUAACACUGGAAAAAACCUUUCGUGA